GAGACUUGAUAGUUCAGCGGACGCCAUUUUGGGAAGAACUUUGGUAUUUCCCGCCUAAAGGCAUAAAAGUGUUUUAAUUUCGUUAAAAUUACGCUAUAUUUUUUGCUGUCAUACCACAAAAUUAACCAAGACAGCUUCAUGUAACUAUUUUACGAAAUAUUUCAACUCACCAGUCCUUGGUGAUCUCGUAAUAGACGUUUAAAAAGGACAGGAGUGCACAUUCAGACAGAUUAAAAUGGAGAAAUAGUGCCCGAUAACAGAGUAUCAAAAAUACAUUUAUAUCGCUACCAGUUUUUAUUUUUAGUAUUGAAAGCAUCAUUCAAGUUAAACAAUGUUUUGGAAAUUUAACUUGCUCACCUCGACCCACAUUGAUACCUUGUUAGACAAGGAGGAUGUCACGUUACAUGAAUUAAUGGAUGAAGAUGAUAUUCUACAGGAAUGUAAAGCUCAAAACAGGAAACUUGUUGAUUUCCUGAUUCUGCCAGAAAAUAUGGAAUCAAUGGUGAACAUGAUAACCACUGAUCCUUCUGAAGAAGUAGAAGAAAAAGUUAGAUUUAAGUAUCCGAAUACAGCGUGCGAGUUAUUAACAUCUGAUGUCUCCCAGAUAAAUGACAAAUUAGCAGGUGAUGAGGAGUUAGUAGAUAAACUUUACUCGUUCCUCGAGUCUGAUCAACCAUUAAAUCCAUUGUUAGCCAGUUUCUUCAGUAAAGUAAUGGGACUGUUAAUAACUAGGAAAAGUGAAAUGAUAUUUGAAUAUUUAAAAAGUAGGAAAGAUUUUGUAGGAAGUUUGUUACGUCAUAUAGGGACUUCAGCUAUAAUGGAUUUAUUAUUACGUCUUAUAACUUGUAUAGAAUCUAUUACCAUUAGAAGGGCUGUGAUAGAUUGGUUAAAUGAACAGAAAGUAGUAGAACGAUUAGUAGCUAGUAUUGUCCCAGAAAAAGAUGAAGAUAUACAUUGUAAUGCUGCCCAGUCUUUAUGUGAUAUUGUAAGAUUAGGAAGAGAACAGAUUAUACAGCAACAAGAUUCUUCUGAUCCUGAUCCACUAUUAGUUACCAUGGAAUUAGAAGAAACUGUUAGUCAAUUAUUAACGAAUAUGUUAGAUACAGAAAAGAAUGAAUCUGUUUUAGUUAAUGGUUUAUUUGUUAUUCAUACUUUAUUAGAAGUUCGAAGACAGGGUUUGUUUUCUGGCUUCAGGCCUGAAGGUAAUAAUGAUCAGAUGUCAGCAUUAGAUACAGAUCGUCUUUCACAAGGUGUUAACAGUGUAUUAUCAGCGAUAACUCCACGAUUAAAAGACUUCCAUAAUCUAUUAUUAGACCCACCAAAGCAAAGAUUUUGUGCAAUGCCAACCACCGCUGGUCAUCUGGACCCACCAUUAGGAAAUACCCGUUUACAAAUAGCCAAAUUAAUCACAGCACUAAUAUCAACUAAUACACAUUCAGUUAAUACAGAAUUAGCCAAUCUUAACACAGUACAUGUUUUAUUGGAUCUCUAUUUUAAAUAUAUAUGGAAUAAUUUUUUACAUACCCAAGUUGAACAGUGUUUAUCUACAAUACUCACAAACUUACCUGUUGAAAUAGAUGGUCGCAAGCAACAUCCAUUACUAGCUCAGUUAUUUUCAGGGUCAAAAAUAAUACAGAGGUUAACGGAAGAAUGGCAGGAAAAUGACAACGUUGAGGGCAAAGAAAAUGGUAAACGAAAAGGCUUUAUGGGACAUUUAACUAAAAUGGCCAAUGCAUUAGUUAGUGCUAUGGAAAAGGGAGAUAAUUGUGAAUUAGUCAAAGAUCAGUUUACAGAUGUUAGUGAUGAAGAGAAGCAAAAAUGGGAAAAAUUUGUGAGCAGUUCAUUAGCAGAUACAAACAAGAAAAAUACAAUAGAAUUGUUAAGAAAUCAUACAAUAGGAUCGAGUAGUGAAGAUGAUGAUGCUGAUUUUAAAGACAUUCCAUUUCCUCAGGAUACUGCCAUGCAACAGGCCUUCUCUGAUUACCAGCUACAACAGAUGACCAGUACCUUCAUUGAUCAGUUUGGUUUUAACGAGGAAGAAUUCGCAGAACAAGAAGAAAAAAUAGAUGCACCUUUUAACGAGAGAAUAUCUAGUAUAGAUUUUAAUAUUACUGCUGAUGAAGAAAAUAAUGCAAAUACAGCAAUGUUUGAACAAGCAUGUAACUCAAAGAUCCAACAGUUCGAUGAUAACGACAGUGAUGAGGAUAUCUGGGAAGAAAAACCACUUACAUUUGAUAAAAGUUCAUCACAAAAUAUAAAUACCAGACCAAAUAGAUUACAAGAGACACGAGGUGAGAAUAGUAGCGAAGAGGAAGAGAGUACAGAUAGUGAAGAAGAAUUAGAUUCACCACGAGUUAUCACACAAAAACCUUCCGCAGAAAAAAUGGAUGUCGAUGGAGGCUGGGUUGCAAACUUCGAAGAUGCCAAUGUUGAGGGUGAUCCUGUUGCUAUGGAUACAGCUUCUCCGUGGGAUAAUGUACCGGUAGUAUCAGCAACUGACAAUCCAGAUAAAUGGGCAGAGUUUACAAAUAAGGUGCCAGCCACUGCUGAAGCCGAGAAUUGGGCCGAUUUUACAAGUUUUCCUCCCAAAGAUAAUACUACUUCUAAAAAAGAUAGUCCACAUGAGCCUAGAAAUAGUUCUCCUAUUGCUAUGGAUACCAGUGACAGUACAAGAAGUAGUGCCUAUUUAGUACAAAGUGCUUCAGCUAAUUUAGAAAAUCAACUGUUAGAAGCAAGUAAAACUGAUAAGAAAGACGAUGUUACAUUAACUGAUGUUAGUGAAUCUACAGAAUUCCCUAAACAAGUUCCGGUAGAUAAAGAUUCUAAUAUGGUCUCCACUGUAACAAGUGAAAAGAGUACUACUAAUGAAUCCGUUCCAGUAACUGUCGCUAACGACAAUAAAGCGAAACUAGAAGCAAGUGUAUCAAACAAAACAAGUCCGACCGAUUCGACCCAAAGUCCAAAAGACAAUUUCCUUGCUAGCUCAGGACUAAUGAAAGCUAAACCCUGUCUCACCACCACAUCUCCUAAAUCUGGUGGUGAUGCUGGCAUAAUUCAAGAUAAUGGCCCGACUAUUAAACCUGUAGAUACUAAUGAUGCAAUCACAGAAGCUAGGACACAAGCAAAGGAGGCUCUAGAAAAUUAUGAUGCUGCUUUAACAGACUCAAAUGUUAAAAAUGGUCCAGUGUGAAACUUGCUUUAUUGUGAUAGAUUAAUUAUGUAAUAUAGUAUAUAGACUAUUAUACAUUACCUGGAGUUGUUACCCAUUAUUAUACAGGUUCCAGGAAUUCUUAAUCAAUUAAUUAUUAUACAUGUUCUGGCAGCUCCUGUGUAAAUAUUGCCUUAACAGUGUACAGACUGUGACUUAAAUUGAUAUAAUAUAUAUAUUAUCAUUAAAAAAAAACAAUGUGAUGUUUGUUGAAAUGAUGGAUUAUUUUAACUUAAUUCAGUAAUUGAUGAACGAUUAUCAGGCCUCUCGGGGGUAGUCAAGACUUUUCAAGUGAUUAUAAAAUCAUCUCGAGAAAAGUGAACGGCCAUCGUCGAUUUUAACUCUUAAUUGAUGAACAGUGAAUAAGUCUCUAUCGACCGAUCUAGACAUCAAAAGAGAUUACAAAGUCAUCUCGAGUACAGUGAACGGCCAUCGUCGAUUUUAAUUAUGCAGUGAUUUAUAGGAGAAAAGAAAGAAGUUGUAAGAUGGAGAUAAAUUAAGCAGAGAGAAGUGAUGUUUUGAGAUAUUUUGAAAUAAUUAGUCUAUAUGUGUUUUGUUAUCCAGUUCAAAUUAAUUAGAUUAUAUCGAUUAUAAUGCAGAAAUUAUGGAAUGAAUAUUUAGGGGGUGUUACACAGUCAUCGUAAAGAGUAUGUAUUCUGUUGUAAAAUUCAAGCCUGGAAAUAAGGGUUUUAGAUGUACCUGACAAAAUGUCAGGCACUAAUGAAAUAGUACCUGACAUUUUAACAUAGUGCCAGACAUGUAUUAAUAAUAUCAUUUAAAAAGACAAAUCAGUGCUGGACAAAAUGACAGGCACCAGAGAUUUUGUGCCUGACAAAGUCUGAAUCUGUCCCUGACAUUGUCAGUAACAGGUACCUUAUUUCCAGGCUUGGUAUAAUUCCUAGUGGUUAUCUAAAUUCCAGGAAUGUAGAUAAUAGCGGUUAGGUGGAAAAUAAUGCUGCAUUCAAUUUAACUCAAUAAUUGGGUAUAAUGUCAAGAGUCUCUGUCUAACAUUUUAAUUUUUAGGAAAAUAUAAAAUUUUCCAUGAUUUAAUUAAUCCUUUAAAAAAAAAUCAAAAUAUCAGUGGUAGAUAAUCUCUCGUCGUGGAUUCGAUCAGAUAAAAACUGAGGCCCAUCAUAUAAACAAAAUUGAUUGUCAUUUUAUAACGAAUAAUCCUUUACAGAUUAAACUUACACAGGAUUAGUAUCGGCUUUUGGGAUUGGUAAUUAACGAGAAUAAAUUGAAUACAGCAUACAUCCAAAGAUUGUUUUAGCAUUAGUACACAGCUGUUAUAAUAUCACCUUCACAAUAAAAAGGUAUCUGUUCACCUGUAUAGCUAUGAAGAUGUUAUUAUCAAUGUGUUUGUUGCAAAUCUAAUAGGUUAACCUCUGCUGUGUUUGCCUUUGCCUUUGAUAUUUAACUUUAUGAUAAUUACUAUAUAUGUUGUGUUCCCUAAAUUAUGAUUUACAUCAGUUUUUAAAAUUUAAAAAAGGACCACUCAACUUUGCUGUGUUAGUAUUCAAUCUAUUCCUAAAACAAGAGUUACCUCCCCUUACCCUUGAUUUUGUGAGGUACUUUAAAAGUAUAUAAUAAUAUUACUAUCAGAUCUAAGACAGGAUGUUUGGUGUUUGGAUGGAUUAACUUUUCUUUUGUUUUUCGUUUAUUGCAUUGAAGAAAAUAUAUUAACAUAACAGAGAUUAUCAUUUCAUAUUGAAUUGAAUUUAUUCACCUGUGAUUUCUUACCUGGGUAAUUCCCUCUUCUUGUUUUGUUAUUGAUGACCCAUUCUCAAAUAUACCAAUUUUCAAAUAUCCACAGUGUAUGUGUUUAAGUUUCUCUGGUGAGCUUUUAAAAAAAAAAAUAUCCUGGUGAAUCAUUUUGGAUAGUGUUGUUCUCAUUUUUUCCACCAUAUCAUUUCUCGGCCUAUAUUUUUUUUUAGCAUUCAUUGAUUCAUCAAAGAAAUCAGAUACAGACAUCCAUUAUUAGUGACAGAAUAUUUGCUGAGGGUGGUGAUGAACAUAAUCAUACAUCAUUAAAUUAAAAAAAGAAAAGAAUUCAUUUUGUAUAUUUUAGUCAAUUUUUUGUAAUAAAUCAAAGCAAUAAUACAGUAUGGUGUUAAAAGUGAAGAUAUGAAAUACCAAGAAAAGUGUUUAAAAAAAAUAAAGUCUAUUUCAUUAGUCCACAAAGAAAAUUGAAUAAAAUGCAUCAACUUAAUUUGAUUAAUUUCAAAUGGUUCUAGUGUACUUACUCAGACCCAUCCUCGGUGUGCCCAGUGGUAUCGUUCCGUUCUACUACACUAACCCCUGGGUCCAUUUAUGGGUUUUCAUCAAUUCAAAUUUUCUGCCCUUGACGAGUUUACAUACCAGUCUUGGCGUUAUUGUUUAUGUUCACCACAAUUCAGCAGCUUGUACGCUCAAUUAUGAGAGGUUUGCAAGAAAUUUAAUAUCAAAGAAGUGACAUGCACACCCACCAAACGAAGUCCUAAAAUACAUUGACAGAGUUUGCAACAACAAGUUAGCGAUCUUAGUUGCAAUAAAAUGCGACUUACUUCCCUUCGCCCACCUGCUUAGUAUGUAUUAAAUUUUUUUGAUUGGUUAAUAAAAAUUGUCAAGGGAGGAUAUUUUGACUGUGUCGCCCCCGUAAAUGGACCCAUGGGUUAGUGGAGUAGAACUUUGUGCCAGUCAUUUAUCAAAAUUAUCAAUAAAGUAAUCUGAAAAAAAUAAAAAAUAUAUUCACAUCGAUUAAUCCACGUGUAAGUUAUGACUAUCUAAAGUUCUUAUUACUUUCUGUUGAUAUUCAGGAAGCCAUUUUGUAUUUCUCACCUGGGUGAUACCGGUAUGUCAUUUAUAUCCGCUAAUAUCAGGCUCAAAAUGGCAUCUAACCCACAUCUCUAGAUUUAAUCAUCUAAAUCACUAUCCUAAUGAACCUGUUUGAGACCUUAUUUUUCUGAAACUUUAGCUCUUAGAACACCCUAACUAGGGGCUCCUGAGACUGCCCAAGCUGUGGUGCCUGCAUGAUCUAGUAAAUAGUCAUAUAAUGCAGUAAACUAUUUACAUAUCUCAGGCGGUCUGAGGAACAGCAGGGAUGUACCAGUAUUAAUAUAUCACUUUUCUCUAAUUUUCUUCGAGGAACUGAGGUAGUCAACAUUUAAAGGGUUAAAUUUAUUGAAAAUUAUCAUUGGUUGUCUGAUGCAUUGAGGCUUUAAUUCCAAAUUUAAUUUUAUAAGAUUUUUGAAAUCUACUAUAAAUAGUCGAUUAGUGCUGUCCAUCUUAUAAUGGAGUGUAUGUGAUAAAUAAACAUCGUUAUUAUUUUAUUAUCUUUUGUCUGUAUAUUAGCAUUAAAUAUAUCAUUGAAAUAAAUAAUUUAAAAAAGAAGGGAAGAAUGUUAUGGACAAACACCAAGGUUCGUGUAAAAUGCUCUCCUGCCCUCCUCCUUCGGGGUUCCUUUUUACAAAGCAUACUUAAGACUUGCAUACAUCUAAAUCAAACAUUUUACUAAAGACUCUUAUCGAACUAGUGUAUACGUAGCUUUAUGUACACUUUGUGAAAAGGUCUCUGUGGCGGGGUUACGACACUAGAUGAUCCUUCAGGUUCACAGUUAACAAGCCUGAAGUUAAUUUGCACCUAUGCAACACAAGGCUAAUACUGUUAUAUAAAUCUAGGCCUUGGAAGAUUUAGGGAAUAUAUUUUGUUAUGUUGGUACCGAUGACAUUAGGUUAAAAACAUAUAAAGCCAAUUCCUUGUUUUAAAAUGGUUAUUAUUUUUAUUUUAAUGGAUAUAUGGCAUUUAUAUUUGAGGUUUUUGUAUUCUGUUGAAUUAUUUAGAAAUGUAUGAUAUUAAAGGGAUUACUUCAAGCUGUCUCUAUUGGUUAUAUUAAAAAUGUCGAAGUAUUUUGAAAUAAAAAUUUUGUUUUCUUAAUGAAUGCUAUGUAGGAUAUGUUUGUAUGUUCACUGGUAUCUUGGAAUCACUACAACGGUUGAUUUUCACUAUCAGUGUUGAGUAAUUAAUUAGUCUGUUAAUUACUCAACACUGCUAGUGAAGGUAAACAUUUGUAAACCCAGCACUCAGUAUCUAGUCCAGAUGGACCAUUUUUAAACUACAAUUCAGUAGGAACCCACUAUUUUUUGAUGAUUUGCAACAAAUUUGAGCAAUUUGCUAACAAUGGCUUGAAACUAAACAUUAAAUACAGAAAGUCCCACUGAAACACCACAUCUACACAAAACCCAAGUUGUAGGGAUAGUUGAUCAACCGUUUUCAACCGGAUUGUUGCAGCACUUUGCAUGUCUAAAUGUAAAAUAGAGAAUGUUCAUUUGAUGAAGUCCACAAUUGAUUAAUAUAUUUAGAUAAUCAAACAUCCUGCUAGAGAUGAAAGAAAUCAGUGUAAAAAUGACUGGUUGGCAAAACUGAUGUAAUGAGCUCUGAUGUAAACGACAUCCUAGUGUAGUAAAAUGAAAUUGUGAACUAUAAAAAAAUGAAACGAAAUACGAUCUGUGUUUUAAUCAGAUAGCACUACUUACGUAUUUUAGAUGCUGGAGGGGUUAAAAAUAAUCGUCCACAUGGAUUUGUAUUACUUAGUUGAUUGUCUUAGUCUUAUUCUCAUGUCGUGUGCUAGUCAUCAAGGGAGAUAAUAUUUUAACUAACACAACUCCAAUGUUUUGUGUGAUUUUUAAGAGCAUAUUAAUAACUUGCUUCAGUUCCCAGUAAAUUGUUUUCGUGUGAUUUAAAUUUUGAAGAUAAUAACCCAGUAAUGCCACAUAUUCAUAAUUUCUUUUAUGUUAGGGUCAUGCCUUUGGUAAGAGAAAUAGUGUUAAUUUUGUGGUGUGACAUCUUUGUAAAAUAUAUUGAUAUGAGAUUUUGUAUAAAGCAACUUGAUCGGUGUGGUCAUCAAGAUUAAGGGCUCUUGUGUCAGUCAUUUUGGCCAGUCUUCGACUGACAGGCAGUUAAAUUGACUGGCUUUAGACCUUACUGUCAUUCAAUUUAUUUUCUUUAAAAUUGGAAUUUCAGAGGAAUUAACCUUAAAGAUACAUUAUGUAAGAGCUAAAUUUGUCUAUUGCAGUAUUUUUAUUUUGGCUUCAAAUGUUAUAUAAAUUAUUAUUUAGACAUUUAUUCAAAUGAUAGGGCUAUAAUCAAAUCUCUAGAACAUCGGAUGGUGCAGAUGUCACCAGAUUGAAAUACGAUCACCAUUUCAUGAUUUAAUUAACAAGUCAAUUAACAAGUAACAUUACUAGAUAAUAAACAAUCUAUGUCAAAACUUCAAACUGUGAUAAUGUUGCUUGAAUGAAAUUUUCAAUAUAUUAAUUUUGAAUGAUCUAUUUUGGAACUAUUAUAGCUAGAAGGCCAGCUUUUUAUCUAAAUCUUAGAUAAUGCAUAUUUAAAACACAUAAAAUUGUGAUAAUGCUCAAGGUAUCCAUAUUCUUUAGAAAAACUAUCUUGCUAAUCCAAAUAAAACGAAAUAUGUCAAUAAUAGGUUAGCUGGUGAAAUUUUAAAAUAAAAGCUCGGAUUCAUACCCAUUACUCUCUCUUUAAAUUAGUGCUCUCCAUGAGAUGUGUCCACCAUUUUUAUUAGGGGAAUUCCCUUCAAAUUCCCAUUACUGUAUUUGAUGUACUUAUAUUUGUAGCUAAAUGCAUAUCCAUAGCAAUCCUAUCAUGUGCUGUAUAUUAUGUGUAUUUGAAAUGUACAGUAGCACAAUUGUAAUUAUUUAUGACUUUGUAAAUUUGUACAUUAUAGUUUUUAUUUUAAUUUGUUUGAAAAUAUACCAUUCUUUUUAAAUUUGAUAAUUCUCUACCAUGAAAGACAUUAUGAAUGAAUAUUCUUUUUUUCUUCCGUUUUCUUCCCACUGCUAAAGACCCCUAUGUGCAAAUGAAUUAUUCAAAUAGAAUUGAAUCAUGUAUGUUAGUCCCAAAAUGACCUAGUUUGUGUCAAGUAAAUGUUAAACCCAAUCUCUCUGUCUAUUCUAGACAGGAAUAAUGGAAAUUUUGCUCUGACAGCCGCGCUGUGGCCUACUCUUAUUUCAAAUUCCAAAUAUCACAGUUUCUUUUACGUGCACAUCAAUGUCUACACAGUACCCCUAUUAUUCGUUAUUCUUUAAACUCCCAUACAUGUAGCUCAAGAUUUAUUUGAAUUUUAGAUUUCUCAGUUGUACUUGCAAGGAAUAGGGUCGCCUGUCCAACCUGGUGGGUUUUCUCUAGGUCCUUCCACUACUAAAGACACCUAUGCGAAUUAUUGAAAAAAAAAUUGAACCAUGUUAGUCCUGAAGUGGACCUUAAACCCCAUUUCCCCCUCUUCUCUCUCUCUCUCUCUCUCUCUCUCUCUCUGUAAAUUUUAAUGGAGGUCACUUGUGCCAAACAAAUAAUCUGUGGAACCAGAACUAGAUUAUGAUCGGUUAAAUUUCGGAAAUGUUGACGUACAUCAUAAUCCAUCGGUGUCAACUUUUUCUUAUUACAAUGAGCAUGGAUUGAGUAGGUGGGUAGGUUGCGAUCUAUCCCCAGGUUAUUUGUUUGGAUGCAAGUGUUGAAAUUUUGCGUUGGUUUAAUUGUCAUAAAUAAAUUGAAACAUGUAAUGGUUAAAUUACAAACUGUUUGACGGCUUGAUUCAAAAUCUGUCUGAAUCCUGGUAUGUGUAGAUUUAUAUUGAAGUUAUCUCCCUUUGGCUAUAGUUGCUAUUGUCCUUUGAACCUUAACAAAGGGAUUGCUCCAUCCAGGUGCGAAUUGUCGUGGUUGUACACAAGGCAGGAUAUGCUUACUAUAAAACACCUGAUACCACUACUCAUAUGUUUGGGAAGUUCUGACAGCUGCGUCUCGAAUUUAUCACCUUAUGUUUGGCGCAAUAUAGUCCGGUUGGUGCUGAAGUGCCAUUAAAGCUCAUUUCAAUCAUUUAUUAUAACAGCUGACCUAAUAUCUAUUUUGUGUAUUUCCGAUGUUAAUACUGCCACAUAGAUAGAUUUAUGUUUAAUUAGAUAUUAUAUUCUAUAAUGUUUAGUGAAAGCAUGUUAAUUCCAAUUUAUCAUGUGUUUAGCUACCUCUUAAAAUUUCACAUUUCACAUUAUAUAUUGUUUUCACCUUUUCUUAAUUACUGCCUUCAUCACAGGUGUUUCAUAAUUAAGUUCAAACUGUUCCGACCGCAAAUUUAAUAUAUUUUCAGCUUCUCAUCACAGUUUAUUUUUGAAAAUUUUCUGACAGGUAUUUUUGUAUUUUGAUUAAAUUCAGGAUAAUUUGUUUCUAAAUGUUAUUUGUGAGUUAAAUUUUGAGGAAGUUCUAGCAAAGUGAAAAACUAUAUGGAAAUAUUUUGUAAUUUUACUUUUAGAAAAGCAAAACCUGUUUGAAUUUGGGACAGUCUGGUUUUCUGGACGUUUUGGGAGAUGGGAAAUUCCCACAUGUCGAAAGGGUUUGGGAAGAUAACCCAAUUCAAAGGGGUACCAUCAUUUUACAGUAGUUCUUUACACUUGAGUAGUUGACUGAAUUAGAGCAGAAGUACAUGUUAAAGAUGCAUUAUGUAAAAGAUAAAUCUGCCCAUUACAGAUUUUUAUUUUGGCAUCAAAUGUUAUAUUAAUUAUUAUUUAGACAUUUAUUCAAAUGACAAGCCUAUAAUCAACUCUCUAGAACAUCAGAUGGUGCAGAUGUAACCAGAUUGAAAUACGAUCACCAUUUCAUGAUUUAAUUUAAAAAUGGAGAAACGUGGGUGAGUCUUGAUUAACCAGUAAUAUUGCUGCGAUAAUAAACAAUCUAUGUCAAAACAUUAAACGGUGAUAACUUCGCUCAGAAUAAAGUAAUUUAAAGUAAAUUUUCAAUAUAUUAAUUUUUCACUAUUUUUGAACUAUUAUGGCAAGAACGACCAGCUCUUUAUCUAAAUCUUACAUAAUGUAUCUUUAAAGCAGGAGUUUUAAUCACCAAAACUAAAAUAUCUUAAAGAAGCAGUCCUUCCAUUUAUUGAGAGUCAAAAUUUUGGUACAAAUAUUACCUCUUAGCAAAUGAAAGGACUGAAUUCCUCAAAUAUUUUAGAUUUAUUUUUUUGAAUAAAGCCCCUGUGUUUUUGACCUGCAUUAUGUCAGUCAUAAAUAAUUUCAGUAAAAAUUGUAAUUUUAAGGUACCAGUUGUAAUCCCAAGUUCCACCAAUUGAAAUGAAAUGAGGUGGGGUUUAUUGUCCUACUGUUCUGCCCGAUGAUAGGAAGUUAAACCAAUAUUUCAUUUCAUUACACCAAGAGACUAUUAAAAUAGAUAGCACAUGUACAUAAAUAUUGAGCUGUGCGAAUUGUUUAUAUUUGUAAAAGAUGAACAUAUUUAUAAUAAAGUUAAAAUAGAAAAAAAAA